AUGGAGCCGAAAACUAUCCGCUGGGGCAUCCUAGCCACCGGCGGAAUCGCUGAAACAUUCACCAAGGACCUCCUAGUCGACCCAGCAACCCGCAAUGUCACUUCCAUUAAACACACCGUAGUGGCAGCAGCCAGCUCUUCUGGGGCCCCUCGAGCCCAAGCCUUUCUAACAACUGUUUGUGCACCACCAUCAGCCAAGGCAUACGGCUCUUACGAGGAACUUGCGGCGGACCCAAACGUGGACAUCAUCUACGUCGCAACUCCCCAUUCACACCACUACCGGAACGUCAAGCUUUGCCUGGAGUCCGGGAAGAACGUCCUCUGCGAAAAGGCAUUCACCGUCAAUGCGGCGCAAGCAGAGGAGCUCGUCCGGAUUGCCCGCCAGAAGAACCUGUUCCUCAUGGAGGCGCUGUGGACUCGCUACUUCCCUUUAUCGGUGUAUGUUCGGGAGACUAUCACCUCGGGAAGACUGGGAACCAUCAUGCGGGCGUCCGCGGAUAACUCCCUCGAUCUCAGUCCUGAACAGAAUUUCAGCCCCGAGCAUCGAAUGGUCAGCCCUGCUCUGGCUGGUGGCGCGUUGCUCGAUAUGGGUAUUUACAGCCUGACGUGGAUUUUCCAGACCCUGUACACGACCCAAUCCCCCGAGGCGCGCCUAAAUGCCCCGCCGCCCCGUGUGGUGUCCAGUAUGCAGAAGUACGGACCUACCGGCGUGGAUGAAACGGUUAGCAUGCUGCUUACUUUCCCACGGGAUCCUGAACUCGGAGGCGACAUGCAUGGGGUUGCGACGACGGGGUUCCGAGUGGCGAAUGAUAUCGACGGGAAGGGCUCUGCUGGGCCGGCUGUUCGGAUUCAGGGGAGGAAGGGCGAGUUGCAGGUGUGGCCGCCUAUCUAUCGACCUACUCGCACACGACUCGUUCUUGCCGAUGGGACGGUCGAGGAUAAGACCUGGCCGCAGCCUGGGCCGGGCAAGGGGAGCAACUGGUUCAACGGAUAUUCGAUCGCUGGGACGAAUCCAGAGGGUGAGGGCUAUGGGAUGUUCUGGGAGGCAGACGAAGCAGCCAUGGCUCUCAUUGAAGGCAGAAAAGAGAGCCGGUACCAAGGGCUGGAUGAGUCUGUUCUCAUCAUGCAGGUCAUGGAUGAUGCCCGGAGGCAGAAUGGUCUUCUCUAUCCCCAGGAUAUCGAAGCCACCGAUGAAAAGAAACAGUGA